UGCCUCUAGUGAGGACCUUGCCGCAAACCCUGUCUCCAUCGCACCGCCGCACCAUGCGCUCUGAGGUUGUGAAAAAUCCUCCAAGGCCAAAACGACGUCGCCAACGGCUAAAGUCGUGGCCCAUUACAUUCUCCCCUUUCGCUCGCGCUCUCGCUCUGGCUCGCAUCACAAUGUCAAAGCGUCACUCUCAAAACCCUACUCCCACCCUCUCUAUUAACAAGCCCCAACACUCUCAUUCUCACUCUUCCGACGAAGAUGACUCUUCCCCCGAAAGUUCCGAUGGAGUCAUCCAAGCAGAUUUUUCCUUUUUCGAUCCCAAACCUCACGAUUUUCACGGAGUCAAGACCUUGCUGCAAACCUACCUCGACAAUCACGAAUGGGAUUUGAGUGCCUUUGUAGAUUUGAUUUUGGAGCAGACCACCGUGGGGACUGUUGUUAAGAUAGAGGGUGAUGAGGAUGAAGGAAUCUUCGCUCUUGUUACUGCUCUUAAUUUGUAUAGAUACAGGGAGCAUAGAUGUAUUGUGACGCUCAAGGAUUUUCUCCUCCGUAAAGCGCGCCAAGAGAAGGGUGUUGCUGAUCGGUUGAGAUUGCUUUUGGAGGAGCAAGCGCGUGAUGUGGGUCUCCUCGUGUCUCAGCGCAUGCUCAACCUUCCACCCCAGCUUUUGCCACAUCUUUAUGCUGCCCUUUUUGAUGAAGUCUCUUGGGCCACCGAAGAUGAGCCGACGGAGGAGCUCCGGAAUUCCUUUAAAUUUAAGCAUUAUAUAAUACUUAGCAAAAUUUACAUGCAGAAGAAUGUAGAUCAGAAAAGAAAACUGAGCAAUGAUAGUGAUGAGGCGAUAAUAUAUGUAAAGCCCGAGGAUGAGAUUUUUCACAAGUUAAGCUCAUGGUCCUUCAAUUUUCCAUUGCAAACUCAGCAGCUUGCACCUCACGAGCUGAAAAAUUACAGGGCAACGGGAUUAGUCAUGGCUGUUGAAGUAGACAAAAUUGCAACAUUUCGUCAAGAAUUAGCUUCUUUAAUAAAUGAAACCUGAAGACAUCCUGAAUGUUCUUGAAUAAUUUAUUAUUUAUUAUAUAUAAUAGAAUCUUAAUACUUUCCCGAAGCUUCCAAUGUUUUUUGACGUAGUCUGGAUAUAUUUUUUUUUCUGCAAGCGUUUCUUUUUAUUAGUAGGAAAUAUUAUAACAACCGCAAUCAGGAUUGGACCUAACUCCUGAUCCAAUUUUGUUUUGCCAGAUUUUGGAUUUUUAUUUUAUUUUAUGUGAUUCCUUUGUUCUGAGAUAACUAUUGCCUA